AUUCAUAAAUUGUGAUUGUGAAGUAAAUAGAAUAGACAAAAACGAAUUUAAAGAAUAAAGAAGUGAACUUGUAAUUUGUAUUGUUGGAUUCAUUUUAUCAGUAUUGAAAUUGAGAAAUAUGCCAGGAAUUAAUUCUAAUGUGAAGUAUAUUCUAUGUGUUUUCAUUUUCUGUAGUCUUUCAGUAUCAACUGGCUCUAGUAAUCUUGUUGAAGACGAUGUGCCACUAUCAAAACUCAGUCAAACGGCCGGAGCUCCGACUAUGAAAUUCCUAUAUUGUUAUUCCUGUGGGUACAAAAAGAUGUAUGAUCAAUAUGUGGAUUUAAUAAACCAAAAAUAUCCAUACAUUUUGGUAGAUGGUGCAAACUAUGAUCCUCCCGGUAUGAACAUGUUCUUGGCAAGAGUAUUGGGUGGAUUGAAAAUGCUCAUUAUUUUGUGUAUACUGGGUGGUGUGAACAUUUUUGAAUACAUCAAUCAACCAAGACCAUCAUGGUGGGCAUGGUGUACAGAAAACAAGCUCUAUGCUUGCAUGAUGUUGUUUUUCCUGUGCAACAUUGUUGAAGGGCAACUUAUACAAUCAGGGGCAUUUGAAAUAAUUUUGAAUGAUGUUCCUGUUUGGUCCAAAUUAGAAACUGGUCGAAUCCCACAACCUGCUGAACUGUUCCAGAUUAUUGAUAGUCAUAUGCAGUUUGAUACCAAAUUGGAGUUGAAUAAUUUUGCUAAAUAAUAUUCCUAGGUAGAUAGUUAUUUGUAUUGAUGACAUAAGAAAUGUAAAUUAUACAUCAGGGAUUCUUUUUCAAUAAAAUAUUAUUAGUA